AUGUCUCAAACACAGGAAAAGGCGCAAGAGAAGCUCAUCGAGUCGACUUCGUCGGUGCCUCAGAGCACGGCGGCACAGCAGAGCGACAAUGUUGCGCAUGCGCUGGCGGGCGCUGGUGGAGGACUACUGUCCAUGGCCUUGACCUACCCGCUCAUCACCCUCUCUACCCGCGCCCAGGUCGAAUCGAAGCGCGCCCAGUCGUCGACGCUCAAUGCCGCGCGCCGCAUCAUCAAGCGCGAGGGCGUCGCAGGCCUCUACGCAGGCCUCGACUCGGCCCUCUUCGGCAUCAGCGUCACAAACUUUGUCUACUACUACUGGUACGAAUGGACCCGCUCCUUCUUCGAGAAGGCCGCGCUCAAAGCCGGUCGCGCUUCCUCGAAGCUCACAACCGUCGAGUCCAUGAUGGCGGGCGCCCUCGCUGGUAGCGCCACCGUCCUCAUGACCAACCCCAUCUGGGUGGUAAACACGCGCAUGACAACGCGCAAGUCGGAGGCCUCGGACGAGUCGCUCCCAGGCGCUCCUGCAACCCCGCAGAAAGCCCCGUCGACGCUCGGCACCCUCUUCGCCCUUGUGCGCGAAGAGGGCUUUGCGCGCUUGUUCGCCGGUGUCAUGCCUGCCCUGGUCUUGGUCAUCAACCCCAUUCUCCAAUAUACCGUCUUCGAGCAGCUCAAGCAGAUGCUCGAGAAGAGGAGGCGUGUCACACCAAAGGACGCCUUCUACCUGGGUGCCCUGGGCAAGUUGUUGGCCACGAGCAUUACCUACCCGUACAUCACUGUCAAGAGUCGCAUGCACGUUGCCGGCAGAGAUGGACCCAAGGAGGAUAUGAUGACCACCUUCAGGCGCAUCAUCAGGGAGGAGGGGUACACUGGCUUGUAUGGAGGCAUCGGACCUAAGGUCACCCAGAGUGUUAUUACUGCCGCCUUCCUCUUCGCCUUCAAAGAUGCGCUGUACGCCUACACUGUCCAGGCACGCAAGAAGCUUGCCAUGCGCCGUGCCUAG